GUUAUGUAGAACAACUAUUAUGAAUCACUAUUUCAUAACAAAUUGCCAAUUAGUUUAACUGUAAUUAAUUUAAAAUAAAAUACUUGAAAAGUGUACUUCUCAUUGAAGUGGGAUACUGAUUAUUUAAUUUGUUUAGUUCUACGGUCAAAAAAAUUACAAUUAGUGAGAAAUUUCCUAAUGCCAAUGACUUCUCAAAAAACUGUCCACAUCUAACAACAAGUUUGAAACUCUAUGGGUCGAUUUACAGAAAGCGAAAUUAAGACUUAAUUCCGAAUUAAACUAAUUCGAAUUAAGUUGCUAUUUAUUCUAGGGUUACCAUUUAAAAAAUGCAUUGACAAAAGUCAAGUUAUUCUCGAAUUAAAAUUUGAUUGCAAUUAAAAUGUUCUGUAAACCGGCUCUACAUUUUAUACAUAAUAACUAUGAGUGACGUUGCACUGAUUUAUAUAAUACUAUUUAAGGUUUUAAUAAUUUAUUCCGACUCUUGUUGGUUGUUUACAUUUGUGAAAAACAGUUUAGCUAAUAAAUAAUGGGUGCUCGAUUUUCCUUUGAUUUAAAAUGUGUACUAUUGUACAUAUCUGUGCUUUUGUUGUUAGUCUUUCUUUUAAAAUACGUGUGGAAUAAACGAUUUUUGUAUUACUAUGGUUCAAAAAUUAGUGGUCCUUUUGCCUUACCUUUGAUCGGAAGUGCGUACUAUUUUACAGGAGGAGCAAAAGUUUUGUACGAUAAACUCUGGCAAAUAUGUGAAAAAUAUCAACCCUUAGCUAAAAUUUGGUUAGGCCCUCAUUUGAUGGUAAUUCCAUCACAUCCAAAAGAUGUUGAAUACUUGUUACACAAUUUUGUAAGUAAAGGACAAUUAUACGAAUAUAUAACUCCAUUAUUUGGACAUGGAUUAUUAACGGGAACUGUUGAAAAAUGGAAGGAUCACAGAAAACUAAUCAAUGCUAGUUUUAAUUCAAAAAUUUUAAAUUCUUUUAUCGAUAUUUUCGUCACACAUGCAAAGAGUUCGUUAGAUGUGUUUAAGGAGUUUUGUGGGAAAGGACAAGUCGAUAUAUUACCAGUUUUCUUGCGAAUUAAUAUUGAUGGAAUUUGUGAAACUGCAAUGGGAGUAAAACCUGGCACUUUGAGCGAUAGAUAUGAUUAUUUGGAUUGGAUGAUGAGGGCUGAACAUCUAAUAAUGGUUCGAAUGUUUCGACCAUGGCUUUAUCCCGAUUUCAUUUGGAAAAAUACUAAUAUGGGCAAAGAACAAAAACAACUUUGCAAAAAGUCUUGGAAAUUUAUUGCAAACAUCAUUAAACAAAAGAGGGGCGAAAAGAUAAACACACUUCAUAACGAUUUAAAGAAAUUAUCUUUUCUGGAAUAUUUCAUUGAUUUGACCGACGAACAGCAAAAAUGGUGUGAAAAAGAGUUGAUAGAAGAAGCCCAAACAAUGGUAUUUACAGGAAGUGGCUCUUUGGCUAUAACAGAGUGUUAUGUACUCCUUAUGUUAGCCAUACAUCCAGAAAUUCAGGAAAAAAUAUACGAGGAGCUUCUUACAAUUUUUGGAAACUCUGAUCGAGAUUUAUGUUUCAAAGAUUUAAGCAAACUUUGUUAUCUUGAUCGUGUGAUAAAAGAAACGUUGAGACUAUUUCCCAUUGCGCCCUACAUUGCUCGUCUUCUUGAUUCAGAUAUACACAUGGAAAAGUAUGUGAUACCUAAAGGCACAUUUGCUCUAAUUCCAAUCACUUAUCUGCAAAGGAAUUCGAAUUUAUGGUCGGAACCUUUAAGGUUUGAUCCUGAUAGGUUUCUUCCCGAGCAGGUUGCGACAAGGGAGCGGUGUGUUUAUUUACCAUUCAGUUAUGGUUCAAGAAAUUGUAUAGGUCUAAAAUAUGCUGAAAUUUCUUUAAAGGCUACUCUUGCUACCAUACUGAGAAAGUACAAAGUAACGUCUUGUAUUUAUAAAAGUGUGGAAGAAAUUGAAUUCGAAUUUACAAUGUUUAUUAAACCCACAAGAGGUAGUUUUGUACAAAUAGAAGAAAGAAUAAGAUGAUUAGUGAUUUUGGACCGAACGGUUGGCAUUUUUGACGAGCGCGGAGCGCGAAAAGUGACAAGCGGUAUCCGGGGCAUUGUGGGUACGAUGGCGAGCUAGGCAGUUAGGCCCGAAAGUCCUAUUAAAUUAUAGCAGUUUAUUGCGAAUAAAUCGUGUUGUUUUGAAA